CAAGUCUAUCCACCGCAUCACCGACCGUACUGUGAGCCUUUGGAGCUAAACAGAAGCAAUCAAAUCAUUAUUUAAAAAUGGCCAAAUUUUGGGGAGCUAUUCUGCUGAUGGUUUUCGUCAUCGUAGCCAUCGCUUCCGUUCAUGGUGAUCAUGAUGGUGAUGAACAUAACCACGGAGGAUCGGAAGGACACCACGGAGGAUCGGAAGGACACCACGGAGGAUCGGAAGGAAACCACGGAUCGGAUUCACACGGUCAUGACCACAAGAAAGAUGGAAAGGGUUGCGAUCAUGGGCAUGAUCAUGGGUCCCGCCAUGGAAGAUUCCGAGAGGGAGGUCAUGAUCAUGCAAGGACAAGCCACUACAAUCCCCACGAUCGUAACCAUGGCAAUCAAGGCGACGAAGGCAACCACGGCAACCACGGCAACCACGGCAACCACGGCAACCAUGGCAACCACGGUGGAAGCCGCGGUCAUGAUGGACAUUAAAUUCAACUGCUUUAGGCGUUGUUUGCGUCAUAAAGACAAAUGCAUUAUUAUGGAUAAAGAAGAGUGGCUUUCGAAAAUGUGAAUAAAUCAGUACGUGUAAAA